AUGGCCAACUACCCCGAGCCUUAUCCCGGUAAUGGGAUCUACAAGUCCUUUACCAAGACCUGGCACAGCAACUCAUACCCAGAAAUAUCGCCCACCCGUGCCGGGCUCGCCGCAAAUGGGAAAGUCGUCCUCGUAACCGGUGGCGGCAGUGGGAUCGGGAAGGCAAUUGCCAUCGCCUUCGCUCAAGCUGGCGCUAAAUUCGUCGCCAUCUUUGGGCGUCGCGUCGAAAAACUGAAGACAGCUGCCGAGGAAAUCCGCAAGGCCAAUCCUAGCGGCAUGACCGACGUGUUCUAUGUGUCAGUGGAUUUGAGUCAGCGUGCGGCCGUCGACACUGCUUUCACUAGCGCCGUGGAGCAGGCUGGUGGCGCGAAGGUCGAUGUCUUCGUCAGCAAUGCCGCCACCAUGCCGACCAACGGCUGGGUGGCGGGCUACAAUGAAGAUGUCCUCCGCCAGGGCUUGGAGUUGAAUGUGCUUGGUCACUUCAAUGCAGUUCAGGCGAUACUGCCCAGGCUUGCGCCGACAGCCAAGGUGUUCAACGUCAGCUCAGGUAUCGGACAUAUCAACCCCGUACCUACGGUUUGGGUCUACGCGAUGAUCAAGGCUGCGAUGAUCAAAUUCUAUGAUUACCUGCAGGCUGAGAAUCCGGGGCUGUAUGUUGUCAAUAUACAGCCUGGUGUCGUUGCGACGGACUUGAAUGCUGAUCAGGACUUCAACAAAGAAGAUUCUGUCGACUUGCCUGGCCACUUCCUCGUGUGGCUUGCCUCGCCCGAAGCCGAAUUUCUCAAGGGAAAGUACGUCUGGGUCAACUGGGACGUGAGCGAACUGAAAGCUCGUGCCGACGAGAUCAAGAACUCGCUGCUCUUACGGGUGCUCUUGCACGGUGUUCCCAUGUAA